CGGGACCGGACCCGAGAGGCGCGCCCCGGCCGGCCCCAGGAUGUAGGCGAUCGGCGGAGGCGCUCCUGCAGGCGGACGGCUCAUCAUGAAGAAGCACUCGGCCCGGGUGGCCCCGCUCAGCGCCUGCAACAGUCCGGUCCUUACCCUCACCAAAGUGGAAGGGGAGGAGCGCCCCCGGGACUCCCCGGGCCCGGCGGAGGCCCCGGCGCUGGCUGGGGCGGAGGCCGGCGGCAGAACGAGCCACCAUUGCUGGAGAUGCUCCCGGGCGCAGCUCAAGAAGAUGUUCUGGGGCGUGGCGGUGGUGCUGUGUGUGUGCUCCUCCUGGGCAGGCUCCACGCAGCUCGCCAAGCUGACCUUCAGGAAGUUCGAUGCUCCUUUCACCCUGACGUGGUUUGCCACCAACUGGAACUUUCUGUUCUUCCCCUUGUACUACGUGGGGCACGUCUGCAAGUCGGAGGAGAAGCAGUCUGUGAGGCAGAGAUACAGGGCCCAGUGUGUACGUAGCUGCGCGGACUUAAUGCAGGAACCGUGUAUGGUCUUGUGGCAAUAACAUUCAAGGACUAAGGAGCAAAGUGGAGCGGUUGCAAUCCAGAUGUUUGUUCCUUCUGAAAGCAGCAUCGCACAUC